AUGGUGCGCGUGCCCGGAUCUUCUGAGGCCUCUGGAUUUCACCGUGAGUCCACUGGCGAAGAUGUCAAGAUUAAGCAAGAACCUGGGAUUGAAGUGUCAGCGACAAAGGGAUCGACGCAGACACGCAGAAGCACAAGAUCCUCAGAUCAUCAGAGUUUUGGGAGGGGCUCUGAUGAAAUGAAAAUGAAAGAGGAAGAUAGAGAGAUCGAUCUGGAAGAUAAACCUCAAUUCCCUCCUAGGGUCCCUUCGGGGGCCACCGCAGAUCGCUCUGCAAAGAGCGAUCUGCUGGAUGAAAAUCCAAUGGUGAAAACCAAAUCGGCGAAAGCCAAACCCUAUAUCUUAGUCGAUAGAUCGACCGACCUCAAGCCGAAGAGCACAAUCGCGAGAUCGACCACAUCAGAACGAUCCGCGACGAGAUCGAUGGGAUCAGAUGUCAAAGAUCGCCAGAUCGGCCGAACCGUGCAAUCGAAGAUCGGAGCCAAAGAGGAAUACGAUGAAACACCAGAUAAGAUCGCGAUGCCAAAGACGGAAUAUAAACCAAUAAAGAUCGCGUCCAUGGAGAAGGAGACGACGGGUGAAGCGCGGGAGCGUGCAAAAUGGCAGUACUAUUAUGGCCAGUUGAAGACGCUGCUCAAGACGGACCCAGUGUUCAAGAUAUUAAGGCCCAAGGUGAUUGGUCCUCUGGAUAAGCCGAUCUCGUUCCCACUUCACGGGACCAACAAAGUCGACGAGAUCAAUUUGAUUUUGCAGAUGUUAAACGACAUGGGUAUCUGCCCUGACGCUUUUGAUGGAGAUGAACUGCUGAGUUGCAGCUUGGAACAGUUGAAGGACGCGGCGAAUGAGUUUGUAGAGAUCAUGAUAAUACUGGUGGGCAAAGCGAAUACUCCUGAAGACAAGAUCGGGACGCCCUCGGGCUCGCUCCGUAAACACCCCGCGGGAUCGCCCCGCUACGCCUCGGAUGACUCCGAGAGCGAGUCAGAUGGAUCCAUCAGCAUUCGUCAGAUGUCUCUAGGACCAUCGGGUGGAAGGUUCUUAAAGGACAAGAUCGGACAAGCCAAGAUCGACGCCUAUAAGGGACAAGCCAAGAGCAACAUGCCGCAGAGAUCGGCCAGUACCCGCACUGGGCUGGAGGAUCAAGAAGAGGGCUAUCUAAGUCGGUACUUCAAUUCAGCCAUGAAGAAGUACGAGGCGGAUCAACGUACAGCUCAGCGAAUGAAUCGACAGCCAAACCGCUACCCAGAUCGACGUACUUUGCUCCAACCUUCACACAAAAGCCUUGACAUGCCGGAUGUGGAGAUGGAGUCGGUGGGGUCGGACAUUUACCAACAUAUCCAUGAGGCGGCGGAAUACGACCCGGAUGAUCUAUGGAUGCCCGUACCACGGCGCCCUCAUGUAGCCGCGACCGCUGAAAGAAUUCUCAGGAAGGAUCGGGAAGAAGACAAAGCACGAAACUGGAUCGGCAAAGUGAAAUCAGCGUUUAUCCGGGACCAAGCACCGGACGAGGAGAGAUGUCUGGUCUUCGGUGAUCUCAUGGUGGGCCCAGCCCGCUACUGGUACCGACAGCUGAGUAGAUCGACGAGAUUCAAUUGGAAAGAAUUGAUGAACAGUUUUCUUGUGGAGUAUGCGGGACACGGGAUGUCCGCGAGCAGGCAGUACUACCAUGCAAAGAAACGAUCGGAGGAAGAUCCUUUACAGUACCUGUAUCGGCUUAAUGUGGUGGGAAUGCAGGCGAAGAUACCGGUGAUGACUGGAUUGCCAGCUGCGCGCAAGGAACAUGUCAACCAUUUCAUUGACACCUUGGACGACCCCGAUCUGUCCAAUCAAUUGCUACUGCUGAAUAUAGAAGACGUGGAGGCCAUGCAAAAGACACUGCACGGAUAUCAACAAGGGAGAUCGCGUCAAGGGAAAGUGAUGAUGGGAUCGUCCAAAUUCAGGCAGAAGGGAACUCAGGGUCCAGCUCUGUCUAAGCCUGCACGAGCGGUAAGGAUGGUCCGUACCGAGGACGUCUGCAGCGAGUCAGGAUCGGACACCUGCGGAUCGGAUUUGGAAGAUCGAUUGAUAUCGAUCCAUGUGGCUGCUACUGCGGAUCGCCGUUCAUCCCCCAAUGACGUUGCAGCAAACGCGAGAUCGGUCGACCCGAACACUCGUCAAGACUAUCAAGAUCGCAAUAUGCCAUUGAAGCCGUGUACUCAUUGCAGAUCGACCAAGCAUGGAGAUCUCGGUUGCUGGAAGCGGCUCACUUGCCAGAAGUGUGGGCGUAAAGGACACCCCUCUGACAAUUGUUUUUUCGUGUGUCGUGCUUGCGGUGAGAUGCACGACCCGGGGAAGUGUCCCAUGGAGGAGUUCUACAACAUGAUCCGUCAGUGGUACGUCCCAAAUAAGCAUGCGGGGAUGCUACCAGAGAAGGCCGAGAAGAUGUUAAACUAG